AUGGAAUUAGGAAGUGACCACCCAGACCCUUACUGCCCACCCCUGCAUGGCCAUCCUACUAAACAGAUGACCUUCAAAAGGAGAAGAUCAGAUGAGGAGAAAGAGUUGGAAGAAAAAGACAAGGAACUCUCUUCCCCUUCCAGAUCAGAGCUUAGUCAAAAUGAGGAGAAUCCCAGUGAAAUGGAAUCCAGUUCCAGAAACCAACCAGAAAAUGAUUGCAUCUCCCACUUGAAAAAGCGAAGAAAGAGCUCUGGACGGAGGAGAAUGGAUCAGAAGCCUGACAGCUGCCAAAGUGGGUUAGCAGUGGGCAUAGCACACAGCCCAGAACCUCAGCACACAGCCCCACCACCACUUCGUCAGAACCUGGUUGCCUCUCUUCGUACUAUGUCUGAGGCAAUUUAUGAAGACAUAGCCCAGGUUCAUGCACAGCAGGCUCAUUCUCUGCUCACCUGGGAACAGUUCUCUGUGCUCACACAGCUCCGGGGACCUCUGAGCACCAUGGUGCAGACCUUCUACAGCAUGGCCACCCAGGCAGCCUUUGUCCUGCCUGCUGAGGGAUGGCUUGUCCCAAGAUACAUGUCAGCUUCCCAGGCCCUGUCUAGGAAUGAAUCUCAGAGUUCCUCGUCAGAGGACGUCAAGGAGAUCAUAGAUCCUGCCACCAAAUUGGACUAG